UGUCAAAUCUAAUUCGAAAUGUAUUAGUUGGAAAAACAUUGGCCAACAAUCCAUACAGUAUCCCGAUACAAAAAGAUUUCCAUAUUUAUCUAAUAUGAUGUCAUCAUUAUUAAUGGCCACCUGUUUAGCCAUCUUUGCCGUCGAUUUUCCUUCAUUUGAUCGUCGUUUUUCUAAGACAGAAAUGUAUGGUUGGAGUUUGAUGGAUGUAGGUGUCGGUUGUUUUAUUGCCAUUAAUGGGGCCUUGUCUCCAGAAUCCAGAUUGAUAAAUAGCAAAAUUUCUUUGAUUGAAAGAUUUAAAAAAACAUUAAGCUCUUCACUUCCAUUAAUUGUGAUUGGAUUGUUUCGUUUGGUAGCAACCAAAUCGGUCAACUAUCAAGAACAUGUUAGUGAAUAUGGAAUUCAUUGGAAUUUCUUCUUUACGAUCAGCUUCGUCAAGAUUCUAUCUUCAAUAUUAUGUGCCUUACUCGGUGAACAAAUUAAUCUUUAUACAGUAUCGAUAAUGAUAAUGAUUGUGCAUCAAAUAAUGCUUAAAACAUUCGGCACAGAAUUCAUAAUGGAUCCAUCGAAUCGAUCGUUGAAUCUAUUUGCAGCUAACAAAGAAGGCUUCAUAUCAUUACCAGGAUUUAUUUCCAUUUAUUUGUUCUUCGUUCAAUUAGGACGAAAUUACAUUCCAAAAAGAGAAAAAGUUAAUGAACUUUUAUCGAUUAUCUUACAAUUAGUAAUCAUCGGUCUUCAAUCAUUAGCAGUAAUGUUUGCUGCAUAUCAUCUUUUGGAACCAGUAUCUCGUCGUGAAGCAAACAUGCCAUUCAUUUGUUUCAUUACCUGUUGUGCCUGUCUAAACAUUGUGAUUGAACUAGUCUAUUUUAUUUGGAUUCAAAUUGCUAAACCAAAUUUUCAUUAUGAAAGUUCGGUUUUUAGCGUUAUUAAUCACAAAGGAUUAUUAAUAUUUUUAAUAGCCAAUCUUAUAACCGGUCUGGUCAAUUUAUCCAUUGAUACUAUGAUGGUAAAUAAUGUUAUGUCUGUGUUAUUGAUUCAUUUAUAUGCUGUUGUUCUUACAUUCUCUGGUUUUCUUUUGGAUAAAAUUUUUACCUAAAUAAAUUAUUUUUUUUUUAU